CGGACGCAUCCAUGGAGUGCUCGUGCUCGUGCCCGUGCAUCAGUCCUGUGUUACUUGGUAAAGCACAUUUCAACAUGACAUAAGAAGCAAAAAGCGGCUCUUCCGGCUCCAGAAGCUCGCUGUUUUCCCCGCACAGCCUCGCAGCAUCCCGGCGGUCCACAUUUCCAACUUUUCCUUUUUCCUCUCCCCUCAGACCCCUCCCCUGUACUUUUUCACCCAUUCCCGGGAGAUAAGUCCAUUUCCUGGGAAUUAAAGGAGCUUGCUCGCUUUUUUUUUUUUUCUUUUUGGCUUUUUUUUUUUUUUAGUACUUCGGGGCUCCGCAUGGAUGUGGCAGCGGCGGUAGAGGGGAUGUCUCUGCCGGGUAUCCGACUCCGGAAUCGGCCGGCGCAAGUGAUGCCGAUCCAGAAGAAGGUGAAAGCCAGACGGAAAAAGCGAAAGGAGUUGGUUUUAAUACAGAUCUGUUUGUUCGGAGGCUUGCUGCUGGUCGUCAAGGGGUUUUCCUACUUAGCGGAAAAUUCAGGUUUCGAUGUCUCCAGCCACAGCAACGAGGACCAGGAGAGGUGGGGAGGGAGGAGGCUACUGCAGGAAAUGGACAACAGCAGUCUGGAGGAAAUAGAGAGUGAAGAAUCUAAGAACUGCACUACUCCAGCUCUGCACGAGUUCCCAUCAGACCUGUUCACAAAUGAAGAGAGAACAGAAGGAGCCGUGGCCCUGCACGUCCUGUGUACCAUUUACAUGUUCUGUGCCCUGGCCCUCGUCUGUGAUGACUACUUCGUCCCCUCCCUGGAGAAGCUGUGUGAGCGUCUCCAUCUCAGCGAGGACGUAGCGGGUGCCACCUUCAUGGCCGCCGGCAGCUCGGCCCCUGAGCUCUUCACAUCCGUCAUAGGGGUGUUCAUCACCAAAGGUGACGUGGGGGUGGGGACCAUCGUUGGUUCAGCUGUCUUCAACAUCCUCUGUAUCAUCGGUGUGUGUGGCUUCUUCGCCGGCCAGGCAGUGAAGCUCUCUCAUUGGGGUCUACUCCGGGAUUCAAUCUAUUACACAUUUUCUAUCAUAGCCCUCAUUGCGUUCAUCUACGAUGAGAAGGUGUGCUGGUGGGAGUCACUUGUCCUGGUCCUCAUGUAUGCAGGCUACAUCCUCAUCAUGAAGUUUAACGGCAGGGCGCAUCGCUACUUUGACCGUCGAAAGAAGAGCUCUAUGAACCUGGCCAACGGGCUGACGGGAAGCACUGAUCUGGAGGAUAAUGUCACGUGUGAUGCUACUGCAGUCCUGCUCAAGAAAGCUAACUUCCACUGUAAGCCAUCGGUGCUGAUGGUGGACGAGCUGCUGUCUGCAUACCCCCACCAGCUUACUUUCUCUGAGGCCGGCAUGAGGAUCAUGAUCACCAGUCAUUUCUCCCCCAGAACCCGCCUCACCAUGGCUUCACGUAUGCUUAUCAAUGAGAGGCAAAGGUUGAUCAACACCACUGAGACUCGAGUCAACCGCAUCACUAACGGCGACUCUGACUCAGCCACCAGGGCUCAGGGGAGGCGGGGCUUGGAGAAUGGGAUGGGGGCUGAGCUGGGUCUGAACGGGAGGUGCAGACUUCAGCGACUGGAGUCUGGAAACGAGACAGAGAAUGAAAACGAGGAUAAUGAAAACAACGAGAACGACGAGGAAGGAGAGGGAGAAGACGAUAGUAGUGGCCCCUUGGUGCCUUUCAAAAUUCCAGUUGGAGUGUGUAACAAGCUGAAGUGGCUCGCCAUGUGGCCGCUGUCCUUGCUUCUGUUCUUUACCGUGCCCAACUGUGCCAAGCGCCGCUGGGAGAAAUGGUUCAUGGUCUCCUUCUUCACAGCUACCAUCUGGAUCGCUGGCCUCUCCUACAUCAUGGUCUGGAUGGUGACUGUGAUCGGCUUCACUCUGGGAAUUCCUGACGUUAUCAUGGGCAUCACCUUCCUCGCAGCGGGCACCAGCGUCCCAGACUGCAUGGCUAGUGUUAUAGUCGCACGGCAAGGUAUGGGAGACAUGGCCAUCUCCAACUCCAUAGGCAGUAAUGUGUUUGACAUCCUGGUUGGCCUGGGCCUGCCCUGGGCACUGCAAACACUCUGCAUCGACUACGGCUCCAUCAUUCAUCUUAACAGCAGAGGACUCAUCUUCUCUGUUGGACUCUUACUCGCCUCAGUAUUCUUCACAGUUCUCGGUGUCCAUUUGAACAAAUGGACUCUGGACUGGCGACUGGGCUUGGCUUGCCUUAUCUUGUACGCCAUCUUUCUAUGCUUCUCCAUCCUCAUCGAGUUUAACGUCUUCAUCUUCGUCAACCUUCCUAUGUGCCGAGACAUCCACUGACCCCCCACCCCCCCUCCUCUUUUUGCUUCUUCUUCUUCUUCCUCUGGUUGAUGGAGGAAAGCUCUCCUGGCUUCCUGGUUUCUCAGCGCCUUGGAACCAAGUCCUCCCUUUUAUUUUUUCAAAUAGAAAAAUAGAGCUCUAUAUGAUUUAUCUUUGGUGCAAUACACACAAGAAGAGAAGACACCGGAAGUUUUUUGUUUUUUUUUUGGGCAUGGGGUGGAGUGGGGAUCGGACAGGAGGAGUGAAAAGAAAGUCCCAGCAGCAGAGAUUGCUGCCAAUCGUUUAAUGAACCGAAAGGUUGGCUGGAGUGAACUUAACUGUAUUAACACCAACAGUUAGGCUACUGUUGGUGAAGAAGCUGCUACUGUAACUGACUGGCGGAAAGAGAGAAAUCCUGCGCUAACAGCUAACAGCGAUUUUUAGCUGGAUUGUUUGUUACUCUUUGUACAAGUUUGGAUAUAAGCACACAAUUAAGGUAUUUUUAAGUAAAAAACUGGCUUUCUCUGUAUAUAUUUGAGGAUUAUAUGAGUACUAAUAUUAGCUGAUAUAUGUAAUUCUCUUAUGCACAACUGGAUCAGUCUGGCAAAGCUGAAUGAUCCGAUGACAGUGACAAUAUUUUAUGUUUUACCUUAGUGGUUUGGUCUGCCAGUAAUACAUUCAGAAUGCUUCAACAUGUCUCCCAUGCUCAGUACCAGCCGACAUAGCAUGCUGUACUAGUCACAACUCUAGCUUUGCACUGUGUAGAUAUUUUAACACUAUUCACAUAGAGUCUAUUAUUGUUUGUUUUUCUCUCUCUUUACAGGCAUAUCCGAGUAGAUGUGGGCUUCAUUUUUCUUUAAUACAACCUACGUAGGAAAGGGAUCUCCCUGGAACUGACAUCCAGCACUGUCACUUUAUUGAUUAGAGAUUUUAUUCUAUCAUUGCAAAGCCUCUACAGGUACUCUAAACAUGUAACUACUGAAUUAAAAAGUUCCCUCUAGACGGUAGACCUCUUGUAUGAUAUUAAAGAAUUAGUUUUUAGUCUCUGAGUUGAGUAUAACAUUGUUACUUCUUAAAGCCAAAAGUAUUUUUAGAAUAGGAGUAAGAGUUGUAGAUUUGGACUUAAGCUUGAGUGCAAAGUCUGUGUGCGUGUGCUUGUGUGCGAGUGUGUGUGCAUGUGUCACAGUCUCGAGGGGAACCAAGGACACCACUGUUACUGGGAAGACAUAAUCAUGAUUUAUUUAUGAAUUAAUUUAUUCAAAGAUCAUGUCUAACCACCAGUUUCAGCCCUUUGGAUCAUGUACAGUGUAUUAAAUGGAACGUUCCUCCGCUCUUUGACGCCGGAGCUGUACAAUGUACUGUACCUAAUAUAUAAUCUAAUAACUGGAAACUGACUUGAUGUUGUUUAUAUUUAAGAAUAGAACUUUAUAAUUUAUAAGUUUUGUAUAGUUUGGAAAGAUAUUGCAACAUUUGUAUAUUGGGGACGGUGAUGCACGGAGAAGUCGUGGUUUGGUGAGAUGGACUGAAAAGGCAAACUUUCAUCAUUGGUCCUAACAUGGGUGGUGUAGCUGUUGCUGAUCCCCAUCGUGUGUUGAUGUAGUGAUAAAUCACAGGUGUAAAAGAUUCAGAAGAGGAAGUGUGUACUGAUGGCACACCACCCCUUGAACUGUCACAACAUAUUGUUUCACAGUGCUUGAACUCUCGUGCCAUCCCUUGUAUUUGAGGCUUCAAAACCAAACGCUUGUGGCCAUCCUCCUGCUUGUAUUUGAGCCAAACAAAAAAACAACAAAAAAAAACACCUUUGUCAACAGUAUUGCCACUCUGUUUCAGCAUGUGUUCAAACAAAAUGUGGAAGAUGUGUAUUUUUAUUUCAUUUUAUUUUUACCUUGAGGGAGAAUUCUCAUGUUAGUAGAGUUGCUGAUUUAUUAAAGGCGUCCUCUGUUUGGUGUUGACGCUCCUCCUGCAGCCACGAGAGAGCACUGUAGAGCUGCAUUACAUCUCCAGAGGUGGCUGUUAUCUUAAACACACACACACAGUAGAAAAUGGUUGGGGUAUAUUUUCAGGUAGGCUACAUAGAGACAAAUACUGGUCUGGUUUGCAUGCCUCUUUCAUAAUUCAGAUUAUUUUGUGUGUAAUUUUAAUGAAUUUUCAAGAUCAAAAAGGCACUGUCUUGAUUAUGCUGUACAUAUCAGAGGGAUAUGCUAUUAUAAACACAGAUGUUGGGAUAGCUUCUGAUGAGCAGUUAUAUCUGAGGUACAUACAGUAUUUAGAAUGUAGGCCUACAGCAGUUAGUUUUCAGCUAAUUAAUGUCGUUUUAUGCUCAUGUCUUUUGAAUUGUUUGUAAAUCCUCAUUUUUGUUGAUGAGGACCUCUGGGCAGAGCUCAGAGGGAGACAGAGAUGUUUGGCCUUGUUCCCAGUGGUCUUCUUGCAAUAAACUGAUUUACACACACACAC